AUGAUGUUCAUAAAAAGUUUGCUCUCAAGGACUGUCCCCUAUGCCAGAUGCUUUUCAUGGACAGCUCCAAGUGUGCUUCAAACUGGAGACAUUUUAAGGCAAACAAGAGUAUUCUCAAAUGAAGAUGUUAUAGAAUACUCAAAGGUGAGUCAUGACUCAAACCCUCUUCAUUUUGAUGCUGAAUCUGCCAGGAAUGCUGGCUUCGAGGAUCGGGUUGUUCAUGGAAUGCUUGUUGCUGCACUGUUUCCUCGGAUUAUUGCAUCCCAUUUUCCUGGAGCUGUUUAUGUUUCUCAAAGCUUGCAUUUUAAGAGUCCUGUGUAUAUUGGAGAAGAAGUUCUUGGUGAGGUACAAGCUAUCAGUAUAAGAGAAAACAAGAAGAGAUACAUAGCGAAAUUCGCAACAAAGUGCUUCAAGAAGGGUGAUCUUCUCAUUAUUGAUGGUGAGGCUAUGGCAAUUUUACCAACUCUAGCUGUGGAAAAGAUCCAUCAAAUGGACUGAAAGAAGCUAGUGUGAAAUCACAGGUCCUUCUUCCAUACAUGACAUCCAAUACUACGGUGAUCAUAUCUUCACAACUGUCCCAGCAGCAGCUGUUGUUGUCGAUGAAUGGAUAGCUAAUACAAUGCAUAUCCACAAGCGUGAACUGAGCGAACUUCUUAUUGCCCUUGACACUGAAUGGUGCAUGCCUACACCCUUGACACUGAAUGGUGCAUGCCUACCGAACCAAAUGGACACCAACAAGUUGCCAUCAUUCAACCAUGUGUGGGUAAAAGAUGCCUUAUUUUUCAACUUUAUCAUGCAGAUGAUAUCCCACCAUCUUUGAUCCAAUUUCUUGGGAAUAAGAAGUUCAAAUUUGUUGGUAAAAAAGUAUGGAAUGAUGCUUGUAAACUAUUUGAAGAUUAUGAGCUGCUUGUGGCUCAUACAAAAGAUGUAGGUUAUUGGGCAGCCAAGAAAUAUCAUGAGAGAGUAUCGAAAAUUGGGAUUGAGGGCUUUAGUGCUUGAUUUGCUUCAGAAAGUGAUUCCCAAGCCAAGAUAAAUCACAAUGAGUGAAUGGAAUGCUAAAGAGCUUACAAUUGAACAGAUGGAGUAUGCUUGUCUCGAUGCUUUUGUGUCCUUAGAACUUGGAAUUUUCUUGAACAAACCUAGACAAGAAAUAAUCGAACCCAGAGAACACGCCUUCCAAGAAAAUUAUACAUCAUACUCUUGAAUCAUAUCGGGCUACAGAUGAUUGCGAGCAACCAGAUGAGGAGUUGAGGCAGAGCUUUGGAGAGUUUAAAGAAGAUGUGAGAAGGAUGAAACCAGCAAGGCAAUUGGUAAGUCAAACAAGUCGUAAAAAAAGUCCAGAGACCAAGAAAAGAAUAAGCAGAAAGGCAGACUCCAAGCAAGAGCUGGUUGAUGAAAUGAAUGCAUAUUUCAGCUCCUAAUUUUU